AGUGAGUGAGCGAACUAGUUGUUGGCUAGCACCCUAGCAACUCUACUUAGCCUCCCUUUCCGAAACAUUUGAACACGCUCCCAUUUCUCGCCAAAGACCCACUUGACGUUCGCCAUGAAAGGGGACCACCGUUAAAGAGGCUUGUCCGUCCCCCGAAACUGUCAAAGAAGACCAGGGAGCCUCGAGAAAUUAUACAUUAGCCUCUAGUCACUGGGGAAAAGUCCGGCUACAUCUUACAGAAUAGUAUUUUUUAUUUUAUUAUUUUCUUUUUUUUUUUGGUGAGACGUCGCUUUCUAACAUCCUGGGAAGGAAAGCUGUGAGAUUUUUUUCGUAAGGAGUGGAUGCGGAAGAAGGCUAUGAGGCGAGAUGGAAGGCUAAAGCUAACUGGACGCUGUGCUGGGAUUCAAAUAUGAGUGUUUUUUCUCACACACGCUGUUUUGCCAAUGUGCUACCAAGUCACUCACCUGAAUACCCUUCAAGGAUUAGGCUCGAGUCAAGCGGCAUCAUCUGUGCGGGGAGGAAGCACACAGCGGUGCCAGGAUGUGCAAGGACUCCUGACCUUAACUGAAGUGUGCACAUACCCAAGGCUUAGAAGUGUUGUUCCCCAUGAGACAGUCUCGCUUGAUUUGUCAUCCCCAAUGGAAGUGGCAUCAUAGACACGCGACACUGUGGCUCUAACUCCGCAGUUUUCUGAGCGGCCUUGUUGGAGUGGCUCUUUCAGCUGCGGGUUCCCCCUGAAGGUGGAGAGAUGGGCUCUCAGGCACUUCAGAUAUUACGACAGGGUGUGUGGGCCUCGCUCACCGGAGGGUGGUAUGUGGACCCCCAUCAGAGCACCUUCUCCAACUGCUUCCAUCUCUACCUGUGGAUAUUUCUGCUGGCCUUCCCCUUUCUGCUGUACAUGGCUUUCCCUGCCAGCUUGGUGAUAGCAGGUUUGUACUCCGCUGUGGUGGCCAUCUUUUUCACCACCAUCAAAGUGGUGAACUACCGGCUCCACGCCAUGUUCGACCUCGGGGAGCUUGUCGAUAAGAAAAAGGCCUCACUCACAGCCGAAGUUCCAAAGACUGAGGAAGUUGAGGAAGCUUCAGGUGGCCAUGAUGGGAGUCAACCCAGGGAUAUUCAUGCUGGUGUGGAGAUGACCGUGUUUCGGAAGGUCAACUCUACGCCUCCAGUGAGAUGCAGCUCUCAGCACUCACUGUUUGGGCUCAACCAGGUGUCGGAGUUCUUGCCCCAACUUGAGGAUUCAGGGGGAACAAAGGAUAUCAAGGAGUUAAUGCGAGAACAGGGAAGCAAUAAUGUGAUCGUUACCUCUGCUCAUCGUGAAAUGCUGCGGCAGAGUUCUCAGGACACCAUCAGGGCUCCGAGCGUGGUCCAGUCCUGUAUUGCUGCUGCUCUGGGAGGUAAUUUCCCAGGUCUCAUUGGACUCCCUGGUGUGGCGUCUGGAUUUGGAGAACCAGGAGAAUAUCUGUCUGUACCACCUUCCCCUUCGAGUCAAGACGAUGGAGAGAAAGAGCCGUUGCAUGAUGUCGAGGUGCCUCAAAAGAUUCCAGAGGACAGUGGGUUAGCUUAUUCUCCCCUAGGGCCAUCUGGUGAGUCUGAAAGUCUUGGAGAUACCCCCCUUAGUCCUCUUAUAAAGAGUAGCUUGAGUGAAGAGCUGAGUGAAAAUCUCUUAGGGCUGGGCCUCGACCCAGUGGUGUUUGUGCCUGGGACUGAGUACCCGGGCUGUCGUAGUGGGGUGGCAUUAACUGCUGGAUCCACGGACAGCUGUUUCAGUGGUGGUGGUGCCGCCACUGAUCGCGAGACGCUGAGUACUGUUAGCAGCUACCGCAGUGAAAAGACAGACUCCACUCAGCUUGAAAGUCCAUCAUUCACCCAACCGAAGCUCGCAGAUGGACCAGUAUCAACUACGGUGCUAACGGCGGGUGCCAAGAUGCCCACAGACGCAGAGGUUCAAGUAGGACAGGAUGGCAGUGAUACGGAUAACCUGUCAGACAGCGUGUUACUGCGUUCCCCCUCCAAAGAUAUCUUCCCCAGCCAGGCGCUCGACAGGACACUUGUUGAAGGAGACGAUUUACCGUCUGACAUGAUUGCACAACCCCCCACUUUCCACAACUCUUCCCCCUCAAGUAGCGGCCUCUCAGAUGUUUGUGAUUUAGACAGAGCCGCCCCGGUUCCCCCCCUACCUCCGCCUCGGCAGGCCACUUCUGUGCCCUCAGGGCUGGCCCUGGGUUCAGUGUGCUCAGAGCCCUCUUUGCCCAUAUCCUCAAUCCCAUUCCUGCUGUCUGAUCAAGCUGCCCAGCAGGUCGUGCGGCCCAAAGACUUGAAGCUACUGCGGGCCAGUGGCAGUAGUGUGGGCCAUAAGCCGGGCCGACGGAAAGCUCUGCGAAGGCGAGCCGGAGCAGGAAGUUUUGAUUGCGGCUCUUACAGGCGUCACCACAAUCAUAGACAACACAGAGAUUACAUCCCGGUGCGUAACAAGCUCGGCGCCAAGGCCUACAGUGAAAGUCUCUUUGAGGAUUCCAGCGAUGAGGAUGACUGCAGCGACAUGAGCGCUGCAUCCAGUCUAGGGUCUCAGCGCCGCUAUAGCUCAGAUGAAGAUGACUCCAGUUCCUCUACCUCCUGCUACUCCCCAGAACUCACUAAUGCUGGCGCUGCAUUACAGCUCCCUCCGGCUGCUCAGUCUCCUACUUCCCGGGAAGGGGAUUUAACGGAACCUGCUGGCCCCUCACAUUCUCGUGCUGCUCAGCGCUCAUCGAGCACAGCCAGCGCAAAGACGCACGCCAGGGUGCUCAGUAUGGAUGGCGGGGGUUCAAGUCAGAACAGCACAGCAGCGCUACCUUCUGCUCUGCAUACAAUGCCCUCCACUUCCACCCCUGUGCCUCGCACCCUCACCAUCUCCAAGUCUGACUUGGAAGCUCGCACCAUCCACAUCGAUUGCUUCCCAGUGUCUCUUCCUCAUCGACUUGAUUCUCUCGGAGGCUCUUGGACUGGCAACCAGAUGGGCUGGCGAGCGGGAGAGUUGACCGAAGAGGGGGCUGUGGGAGGAGCGCUGGCUCUAGAGGAUGGCGGCAAGCACGAGUCAGUCAGCAGCGUUAAGAGGACCCAGGCCAUCCGCAGGAGACACAAUGCAGGGACAAACCCGACACCCCCACCCUCCACCAUGGGGUCCCCUCCUAGCCUCCAGGACCUUCAAAGGGCUCGGACCUCCUCCCACUCGCGGACCCGCACCCUUCCCUCUGCCUUACAGUUUGCCUCGUCACUUCUGCUCCCGCGCAGCGGCAUCCAUGAAGCCUCUACCUUCGAUGACACAUCUGAGGGGGCUGUUCACUACUUUUUUGAUGAGAGCGGAGUGAAGAGGUCCUACACAUUUGGGCCUGGUGGAGGAGGUUAUGAGGACCCAGUUCAAGAAAGGGAAAGGCAGUCCCAGUCCUCAAGCUUCACCUCCACAGAGGUCCAGGAAGGAGCACCAGUCCUGUCCAUGCUGCAGCCCAGACCAGUUGUCCUCCAGGGCAUGCAGGUGCGCAGAGUGCCAUUGGAAAUGCCUGAGUUUGACCUAGAUCACGAGUCUCUGCAGGAGUCUCAAGAGAACACGCUGAUGAUCGAGGAGAAGGCUAAACCCAAACAAUACUAUCGCUUUUGGGUCCUGCCUGGGAAGUGGCUCAGGGUCCGCUAUGAUCGAUUAGCGCUUCUGGCCUUGUUGGACAGGAACCGACGUGUGGGAGAAAAUGUGUUUGCUGUGGUGCUGGCCAGUCUGGUGGCCUUUCUGGGGUUUCAACUGUUGCUCCAGGGCUUUUUCAGGGACAUCUGGGUCUUCCAGUUCUGCCUGGUCAUUGCAAGUUGCCAAUACUCCUUACUGAAGAGUGUACAACCAGAUGCAGCCUCUCCCAUGCAUGGUCAUAACUGGAUCAUCGUGUACAGCCGGCCUGUUUACUUCUGCUUGUGCUGCGUGAUGAUCUGGAUCUUUGAUUUCUCUGGGCGCUCCAGCAGCCUGCAACCAUUCUCACUCUACGGCGUCACCUUCUUUUCUGCUCACUUCCUGCUAUGUAUCAGAGAUAUGCUCCUGGUGUUUUCCCUGUGUUUCCCGGUCAUCUUCCUGUUUGGCUUGCUACCUCAGGUCAAUACCUUUGUCAUGUGUCUGUUGGAGCAGAUCGACAUGCACGUUUUCGGUGGAACGGCCACCACCAGUCCCCUCUCGUCUCUAUUCAGCCUCAUACGCAGUGUGUUCGUGGCCGCUCUGCUCUAUGGAUUUUGCCUCGGUGCCAUAAAUGCACCGUGGGCGGACGCCCAUGUGCCAGUACUGUUCUCUGUAUUUUGCGGCCUACUACUCGCCUUGUCCUACCACCUGAGUCGCCAAAGCAGCGAUCCCACCAUCCUGUGGUCAUUGGUUCGAUCGAAAUUAUUACCUGAGCUGGAGAACCGCAGGCCUGAAGAACCCCCUGUGGAGAUCAAGGAUCCUCUUCCAGAAAAGCUGCAUAACUCUGUGAAAGAGAUUCUUCAAUCAGACCUCGUCAUCUGUCCCCUCAUGGCUGUGAUCACGUUCGCCAUCAGUGCCAGCACGGUUUUCAUUGCACUACAGCCUGCACUCAGCUUUGUCUUGUACAUCCUGGCGGGAGUUGUCGGCUUUAUUACUCACUAUCUCUUGCCGCAGCUCCGCAAACAGCUUCCUUGGUUCUGCCUGGCUCACCCUGUACUCCGAUCCAAAGAAUACAGUCAGUUUGAAGUCCGAGAUGCUGCUCAGCUGAUGUGGUUCGAGAAACUGUAUACGUGGCUUCAAUGUGUGGAGAAGUACUUCAUUUAUCCAGCGGUCGUGCUCAACUCCCUCACGACGGAAGCACGCGCCGUUGGGCAGAACCAUAAAGAGCUGGACAUCUAUAGCCGGGCGCUCUUCAUCUCAGUAGCUGGCAUGAAGCUUCUGCGUUCGUCCUUCUGCGCUCCGUCGCAGCAGUAUGUCACACUGUGCUUCACCACGCUCUUCUUCCAAUUCGACUACCCACACUUCUCAGAGACCUUCCUGAUUGACUACUACUUCAUGUCCAUUCUUUUCAGCAAGAUGUGGGACCUGCUCUAUAAGUUACGCUUCGUGUUGACUUACAUCGCCCCCUGGCAGAUCACAUGGGGCUCUGCUUUCCACGCCUUCGCUCAGCCCUUUGCUGUGCCACACUCUGCUGUGCUAUUUGUGCAGGCCAUAUUUUCAGCUAUCUUUUCUACCCCUCUCAAUCCAGUGCUAGGCAGCGCUGUGUUUGUUACCUCAUACACCAGACCUGUUAAGUUCUGGGAGCGGGACUACAACACCAAGCGAGUUGACCACUCCAACACCAGACUUGCCACUCAGCUGGACCGUAACCCAGGCGCCGACGACAACAACCUGAACUCCAUCUUCUACGAGCACCUGACACGUUCGCUGCAGCACAGCCUGUGUGGAGAUCUGCUGCUCGGCCGCUGGGGCAACUACAACACCGGCGACUGCUUCAUCCUCGCCUCUGACUACCUCAACGCGCUGGUGCACAUCAUCGAGAUCGGCAAUGGCCUGGUCACCUUCCAGCUGAGGGGUCUGGAGUUCAGAGGCACCUACUGUCAGCAGAGGGAAGUAGAGGCCAUCACAGAAGGUGUGGAGGAGGACGAGGGCUGCUGCUGCUGCGAGCCAGGUCACCUGCCUCACAUGCUGUCGUUCAACGCCGCUUUCGGACAGCGCUGGCUCGCCUGGGAGGUGGCGGCCACCAAGUAUGUGCUGGAAGGUUACAGCAUCAGUGACAACAACGCCGCCUCCAUGCUGCAAGUGUUUGACCUCCGCAAGAUUCUCAUCACGUACUAUGUCAAGAGCAUCAUUUACUACGUGAGCCGUUCACCCAAGCUGGAGGAGUGGUUGGCUAACGAGACGAUCCAGGAGGCACUGCGACCUUGUCUCGGAGCCAACUACGUCGACAGCGACCCCACCUUCAACUUGAACAUUGACGAGGACUACGACCACAGGGCCUCCGGCAUCACGCCCUCCUCAUUCUGCAUGAUUUAUGUGGACUGGAUUCAGUAUUGCAACAGCAGGCGUCAAACGCCUGUAACAAGUGAUCGAGAUUCUCCUCUAGUCAGUCUUUGUUUAGGGUUGUGUAUUCUAGGAAGAAGAGCCCUGGGCACUGCCUCCCACAGCAUGUCUGCAAGCUUGGAGCCGUUUCUCUACGGCCUCCAUGCACUCUUCAAGGGAGACUUUCGCAUCACAUCGCCACGGGACGAGUGGGUCUUUGCAGAUAUGGACCUGUUGAAUCGAGUUGUGGCGCCCGGAGUGCGGAUGUCCCUCAAGUUGCAUCAGGACCACUUUACAUCCCCGGAUGAGUAUGAGGACCCUGCGGUGCUCUAUGACGCCAUCACCGCCAACGAGGAGAAGAUGUUGAUAUCGCACGAGGGCGACCCUGUUUGGCGCAGUGCCAUCCUCGCAAACAUGCCCUCGCUGCUGGCUCUGCGUCACAUCAUGGAUGACGGUAGCGACGAGUAUAAGAUCAUCAUGUUGAACAAAAGGUUCCUCAGCUUCCGGGUCAUCAAGGUGAACCGAGAGUGUGUGCGUGGGCUGUGGGCCGGGCAACAGCAAGAGCUGGUCUUCCUGCGCAACCGCAACCCUGAGCGUGGCAGCAUUCAGAACGCCAAGCAGGCCCUAAGGAAUAUGAUCAACUCAUCGUGCGACCAGCCCAUUGGGUACCCCAUCUACGUGUCCCCCCUCACCACAUCGUAUGCGGGUGGGCACAGUCAGCUCCGCUCUGUGUGGGGGGGACCUGUCAGCCCACACAACAUCUACAACUGGCUCAUCAGUAGCUGGGACAGGAUGCAGAAAGGAUGCGGCGCUGGUUGCAACAGCGGAGGAAACAUUGAGGAUUCGGACUGCGGCGGCGGUUCCGCCUCCAUCACGACAAACGUCGCCAUCCACACCACCCAGAGCACACCAGCCUCCAGCCUUCCCCAGCCACACAUCCCCACCAUGCAGCACUCGUUGGGUACGGACAACCCAGUCGGUCCAACCCUGAACUGGCCUCACCACCCCCAGCCACUCCCACUGGCUCUGCUCAGCCAAUCAGAGGGCAGGAUGGAAGCGGGACUGCUCUCGUCCCUCCAGCGUACAUCCUCCAUCCAAGGCUUGCUGGGUCAGCAGCUGUCCAGCUCGCAGCUCUCCUUCAGCGGGUCAGUGGUGCCGCCCCCUCUGCCGGUGCCCGAGCACUUCUGCCCCUCCAGCUUCCUGGAGAACUCGAGCCACAGGGCGGGCCAGCGGGCUGGCCUCGCCCAGGGCAACGUGCUCCACUUCGAGAGCCAUUUCGGGAAGUGGAGUUUUUCAGGCAGAAAGGGCUUUAACGGUUCGGCGGCGGCCGAGGGUGAUGGAGGAAUCGUCCACGCUAUACGCACGCAGCCCCUGCCCCCUGGCCCUCCACAAGAGGCCAGUCCCACACAAGACCCGCUGGGAGCGACACGGGUGAUGGAUUCCCGCCCGCUGCCGGCAGGGGACGCCCCCGCACCACCUGACGAAUCCACCGAGUUGCCUUUACUCGAGCACUUGCGCUGAUGAUUGACAAGCCCGACACCCCCCGCCCAAAAAAAGUCUUCAGGACUCAUUCCAUUAAUUUUUAUUCCACAUAGAUCCACAACACACGGAAAUAUCCACUCCCUCCUUUGCAGUCUGACAGCAUGUUGCACGUCGACUCAGGAUGUUACUCCCAAAGUCAUCUUCAUGAGGAUCUUAUCUCGGGUCAGAGGCAUAGUGUGCGUUUGCGUGUGUGUUUACGUAUGUGAAUGUGAGAGUGAGUGUGCUAACAGGCCAGGAAGGCCAGUGCAAUUAUAAGGGAUCUUUUUCUUUCCUUUGCUCAACGAUUGUUUAUUUUUAUGAACUGGAACAUGGAGGAUCAGCUUUGACUGCGUGGAUACCACAAGAAGCCUUGUUCGGUUUUUCUCUCGACUCAAAAGCCCUUCUCCCACCCGCGUUCAGUCCGGAGAAAUACAACAAACUCUUAAACCAACUGAAAAUUCACCCCCGGCCCACGCGUGGUGCUCGGACCGAUUGUUUACAGCCUCGAGUCCAAUCUGAGCAAAUGUGUUGAUCACAAACCUGGCAGCAAAGCUUUUUUUUUUUUUUUUUUUUUUAAUUUUUUUUCUUCUAUUUGGAGGAUGUUUUUUUUUUUUUUUUUUUUUUCUUCUUCUUCUUUACUUGAAAAUUGUGGUGAGGCACUCUGUUUUGGCGCCAAGCAAGUCAAUCGGAGACACCCACCCGCAUCACAUCCAACAAGGAGGAUGGGGGCGAGGGGGUCUGCUUCCUUGUCACGCCUACUCGACUACUGCUUCUGCAUCUCUUCGCUACUACUAACUAGUAAAGUCACUACUACUACUGCUUGAAUCCAGCGUUUUAGUUGGAACUAAAGGAUUAAAAACGAAAACAAAGGAUGAAUAUUUAUUGGAGGAAUGCGGUCUUACAUAAUGGGAUUUGUUUGUAUCGUGCUGAUGUUGAAUUGGCAAUUUACUUUUUUGUUUUUUUUUGUCCACCCCUCCUCUUCAAACCAGUAUUGCAAUUGUGUCAUCUCAACAGGGGCUCCUGUGUGUGGAUGUAACUGGAAGUACACAGAGAAGUCGCUUUAAGUUGGUUUCCUUUCCUCUCCUGCACUCUUGGCCGCUUUGGUUUGACCACAGUGAUCAGAUAAUGCAGUAGAACACAAAUGACAGAAUACAAAAUAUGACCAAAAUAAAAUGCUCUAUAAAAAUGGUACAGUAUUCCUUGGUAGGAAAGUACAUCGUUUGGUGGCCCGCUAAAAUUCUCCUAUUAGGGCAACGCGGUGAAUGUGUGGUUAGCACAUCCGCCAUACAGUGCUAAGGUUGGGGGUUUGAAUUCGGCCUCUGGCUUUCCUGUGUGGAGUUAGCAUGUUCUUCCCAUGCUUGCGUGGAUUUUCUUCAGGUAGUCCGGCUCCCUCCCACAUUCCAAAAACAUGCAUGUUAGGUUCGUUGAAGACUAAAUUGUCCUUAGGUGGGUAAUAUGAGUGGGAAUAAUUGGGAAAUGGUGUGUACCCUGCGAUUGGCUAGCAACCAAUCUGGGGUGUACUCUCGCUGCCUCUGGCCCAAAGUCAGCUGGGAUAGGUUCCAGUUCACCCAUGUACCUGGAUAAGCGGUAUUGAAGGAUGGAUGAACAUUCUGCUAAAAUCCCAAAUAGCUGAAAUAUUGCAGGCACUAACGCUCCUGCUAAAAUCACAAAAAGAUGGAAUGUUGAAAGCCCACAUACUGCUGCUAAAAUCCCAAGUAGCCCUCUCCACAUCUUUUCUUUUUGUGAAAUAACAGCUGCCAGUAAAACCUUUUCUUUUCUUUCUUUUUUACUUUGCUCUGAGAAAGCAAAGCACAAGACGGCGGUCAGAGCUGGGUGUCAGUUGAAAUAAGAAGGGAUUUCUCUCUGCAACUAUGUACAGCAUGUUUCAUACAUAAAAAAAAUAUAUAUAAAUAUAAACCUAUUUUAUUAUGAUUGGAAAUUCUGGGUUAUUUACCGUUAAGACACUAAAACUGUUUAAAAUAAGCGAGGGGGCAAAGCUUCACAUUUGAAAUGUGCAAUUUGGUUCUGUUGCUUUUGGAUGUUUUUCACCCCAUCCCACCAUCUGCUUUUUUUUUUCCCCCCUGAAAGGCGAGUCUUAUUUAAGUCAAUGUUAAAUGUUCUGUACAGUUUUUUUAGUGAUUUUUUUCCCCCCCUUCUAUUUAAAUUAAAGGUUUCUGUCUUUGUUUGCAA